CCAGGAACUUUCCCGUCCUGGAGAACCUCCCAACGCUCUUUGGCGGUUCGCAUUCCAGCUCCGGAAUGGCGCAGGCUCGCCUGCGCCCUUUUGCUACCCCAAAUGGCAACGUCACCGCUGCAGGACAGCAGUCACACGACUUACCGUCUGGACGCGGUUCUUCCAUUCCAUCAAUCGUCGAUUUAGUGACAUCCGAGUGUGGACUUUUGCUGCCCCCCACGAUCCCCAUUAGUGCGGCUGUUGGCCGAUGCACGAUGCCCCAGAUCGUGUAAAGCUUGAGCGCGACCUCGAAGCCAGCAGGAUGUCGGCUUAGACCGCAGGAGUAAAAACACUAUCGGGUUUAUCAAUAGAGACAUUAGGGCCUAAGCUGCUUUCGCUCCAGUCCGCCGGAAUAACACAUAUCACAUUCGCUGCAGCCUAAUCCUUCGGAAGACAUGUGGUGUGUUUCUUCGUCUGCGGAUGGAUCGACAGCGCGCGUUUGCCUCUCAUUUUGUUAACGAACCGAGCGGUUGCUGCGAACGCAUGAUGAAGUUCGUGCUCGUGGUGGCGGUUUUCUGCACGAGCGUGACCGGGUUCGUGCUAGACGGCUCGUCCGAGUCCUACGCGAAAUUCCGCAAGUGGGGCGGCGGCACCAACGGCACCUUGGAAUUCGAAUUUAAGACCGACCAGCCGAACGGUCUGCUCUUGUACACAGACGAUGGCGGCACUUACGACUUCUUCGAAGUCAAGCUGGUGGAGGGAGCGCUCCGGCUGCGCUUCAACUUGGGCAGCGGCGCGCAGAUCAUCACCGUCGGCAAAGAGCUGAACGAUGCGCAUUGGCACAAAGUGCAGCUGCAGCGGCACGAGGAGCGCACCAUCCUGACGGUGGACAAUGUCUCGCAGAUGCGCACCUCGCAUGGCAAAGAGUUCCAUUUCGGCAAGCUGGAGACCAACUCGGACGUGUAUGUCGGCGGGCUGCCCAAGUGGUACAACAAGAAGUUGGCGCUGCUCGCUCUGCCCAGCGUCUUCUUCGAGCCGCGAUUCAUCGGAGCGGUGAGAAACCUCAUUUAUCCGGACGUGGAGGGUGGCGUGGCUCGAAGGCAGGAAACCCGUCCUAAGGAUCAGCGGUGUGACGGACCGAUUGUUGCCGGAACUGAAAGUAUUUGUGUGCCCCCAUUCCCGGUAUUAAGGGGGAACAGCAGCGACGCCUGCGAGGUUCGGGACCUCUGCCGACAUGGAGGCAUAUGCAUUUCGACCGAUAGCGGCCCCAUCUGCGAGUGUCGCAAUUCGGACUACGAGGGCGAAUUCUGCGAGAAAGAUAAAGCGCCAUCAGAAGCCGUUUUUCGCGGCACUGAGUUUUUAUCGUACGAUCUGAGCCAAACGGGAGGCGAGCCCAUUGUUAGCGCCCAGGACACCAUCACCUUAUAUUUCAAGACGCGACAACCGAAUGGCCUCCUUUUCUACACGGGUGAAGGAAGCGACUACCUCAAUGUGGCAAUUAAGGAGGGCUGCCUCAGUUUAACGAUGGGGCUGGCGAACGGGAAGCAGGAGAUGCAAAUUAAGCCGAACAAGGUGCGCUUCGACGACAAUCAAUGGCACAAAGUGAGCGUACAUCGACGCAUCCAAGAGAUAUCAGCCAUCACCAGCUUUUGUCGGCUAUCGGCAGUGGUCGAUGGCGUGUAUGCGGACCAUUCGCACAUUGCAGGAAAAUUCACCAUGCUCUCAUCAGGCAGGCUGUACGUGGGAGGCAGCAUAAAUACCAGAGCGCUGCCUGGGGCCCGAGUGCACAACAAUUUCGUGGGCUGUAUGCGGAAGGUUGAAUUCGUUGCCGACACAUUGCGGUUGAACCUGCUGGAGUUGGGCCGAGCUGGCAACCAUCUMAUCCAAGUGGUGGGCCGAUUGGAGUACAAAUGCCCCACUGGGGARACCCACGAUCCCAUUUCYUUCACUACGAGGGAGUCGCAUUUGGUGCUGCCAACCUGGAACGCCAAAAAGGACGGGAACAUUUCGUUCAAAUUCCGCACCAACGAGCCUUACGGCCUGAUUCUGUUCAAUUCCGGGAAACCGCCCAGGACGGAUUUGUUCGCUGUAGAGAUCUACAAUGGGCAGAUCUACAUCCAGAUAGAUUUGGGGGCCGGACCGUCCAAGCAGCGCGGCUCCAAAAAACGGAUCAACGACGGCGCCUGGCACAAUGUGACGUUCCGAAGAGUGGGCCGCGAUGCUCAGAUGUCCGUUGACGGGUUGAAGACCGAUUUCAAAGCUAUGGGUAAGAACUCAAAGGGUUCGGCCACUUUAGAGCUGGACAGCAACUUGUACAUUGGAGGUUUGGGGCCCCCCUUUUCGGACGUUCCUGUUCCGGCCGGCCUGUGGACAGCGGCGCUCCAUCAAGGGUUCGUCGGCUGUUUCAAGGAUCUCGUUCUGAAUAACGAGCCGAUUGAUGUGGCCAGCUUUGCCACCGAACAGGACUUUGGCUCGAUACGAACAUUAUGCCAUACUCAGCCUCAGCAGUGCCCGUCGCAGCCUUGUCUUAACGGCGGCACCUGCACGGAGGGCUGGAAUCGCUUCGUAUGCGACUGCACCAACACAACAUUCACCGGGCCGACAUGUGGAAAGGAAGCGGCCACUCUAAGCUUCAACGGAUCGGCGCACAUGACGGUCCGGAUGGACAAGGAAAUGGUGACCCAAACGGAAGACAUAAUUUUGCGAUUCAGGACCAGCAAACCUUUGGGAUUACUGUUGAUCUCCAGCACGGUGGAAACGGGCGACCGGAUUGAAUUGGCCGUCGCCGCCGGCCGGAUACGGCUCGCCUUAAGAGUCGAUGUUAAGGAGAAGCGGAAGGAAGACAGGGAGAAAGAUACGAUUUUACUGGUGGGCCAGAACCUGAACGACAACGAGUGGCACACGAUCCGGUUCUCCAGGCGAGGCGCCAACUUGAAACUGCAGCUCAACAAUCAAAUGGCCGUGCGAGCGGAACUCGAGGGGAAGUACGCGACGAUGCAGUGGCGCACCCUGCACAUCGGUGGCCUGCACCACGCCGAAGAGGAAAUCAGCAUGUCGACGACCGUUCCGAACUUUGUUGGUGAAAUUCAACAAUUCUACUUCAAUAACAUCCCGUAUAUCGAACUAGCCAGAGCUCUCAGCACGGAACAAUCGAUUUCUGGGCGCAUUUGAAUGACAACAGAUGGCACACGGUGGGCAUCCGAAGACCUUCGGCCCGUCAGCACACGCUGAUGGUGGACGACAACAUCGUGAUAGCCACAAACUAUGGCACAGGCAAUCUCGAACUGGAGGGCAUUUUGUACUUGGGCGGCGUUUACAAAGACCUCUACGCUCAACUGCCUCAAGAGGAGGUCAAGUCGCGGCAUGGAUUUGAGGGCUGCAUCGCCGGCCUGGACCUCAACGGCGAGUCUCCGAACAUUAUGGAGGACGCAGUCGUGCACAGUUCGCUGGUUACAGCCGGUUGUGAAGGCCAAUCAGCCAAGUGCAGCCACAACGUGUGUGCCAAUGCAGGCAUCUGCGUCCAGCAGUGGAACUCCUACAGCUGCGACUGUGAUUUGACGUCAUUCACAGGCCCCACAUGCUCAGACGAGUCGGUUUCGUACGAAUUCGGCCCCAACCCUGGCAUAAUAACAUACACGUUCCCAGAAGACCAUCGGCCGGAAAUGCAAGAAGACUCCAUCGCCCUCGGCUUCAUUACGACCAAAUCCGACGCAGUCUUGCUGAAAAUUGUCAGCGGGACUUCGAACGACUACAUCGAAAUUCAUAUUGUGGAAGGGAACGUGUUUGCCGUGUACAACAUGGGCACGAACGAUCACCCAUUGGGCGAAAUAUCGGUGAAAGUCAAUGACAACCAAUACCACGUGAUCAAGUUCCAUCGACAAGGCUACAAUUCGACGCUACAAGUGGACGACUACAACGUGCAGUCCAGCUUCCCGGGCGGCAAUCAGCUGCAAGUGUUUAACACCCAAUCGCAGAUCCAAAUUGGGGGGAAAUGGAGCCGCGGCAAGAAGCGAAUCGACCGGCCGUUUUCUGGAAUUAUUUCCGGCGUGGUGGUCAACACUUUGCAUGUUUUGGACUUGGCGGCCGAGAAGGAUGUGCAUGCAUCGAUCCGCGGCGACGUCGCUCUUAUUCAAGGCAUACUGGAACGGCACGAUCAUUUGCAGAAGAUGCAGCAGACGCCAGCAUCGGGUUUUCCAGGAGUGGAGGACGAUCUGAUUUUCAGUGGCGCCGGUUCCGGGUGCAACGGUGACGAUGAGGACGAAUGCCCGCCGCUGCCCGACGUCGGUUCCGGUGACGAUGAUCUGAUCACUCCGGUUUAUAUUCCGCCCACGCGGCCUCCCCCCACCGCCAAGCCGAAGAACCUCACGCUCAGCCCAACUCCGUGCGACGAUGAGGACUGCGCGGAAGGAUCCGGAUCGGGCGAAAUCACCGAGGAACCCUUCACAAGCCGGCCGACAGGAAUUUUCCCGGACACAACCGACUACACCACAGUAGCGGCCACUACAGUAACCACCAUCGAACCAGACCCUACCACAAUCGCGGCUCCACACACCACUGGCACCUACCCAAAUCUCAGCUCUACGGAGCCUGGAGGAAUGAGUCCCACCAUGGGGCUGCUCACGACCAUCCCCUCCAGCUCCAUUCCCAACCCCACCACCGACACCGCUCAGACUGAGAUGCCCAGUCCGCGACAGCCCCCCGACUUCUUGCCCCCCGACAACAUCUACAUCCCCGGUAUCCAUAGCAGAGUGCCCCCCACCCAGAGGAUCAACUCAGAGGAAUCGGAAGCGGUGGCUCUGAUCAUCGGCAUCAUCGCUGGUGCCUUGAUCGCAGUGGUGCUGGUCAUUUUGGUCAUUGUGAAGUUCAAGUGGCGCAACGAUCGAUCGUUUAAGGUGGAUGAUAGCAAAGAGUACCCGCAUGGGCCUGGCGCUGCACUGCUCGGCAACACCGCAUCCAGCACCACUAGCCAGGCCCAGUACCAGCUCAAUGGGGCGCUGCGGAACGGCGACAAGGCGCAGAUGCAACAGAAACAGAAGAAACGGGACAGUAAAGACAUCAAAGAGUGGUACGUGUAAGCGGGGCGGGGGUGGGAGGUGUGGUACUUUGGUGACUCCGAGCCAAUCCGAGCGCGUCUUGUGCGGGCGGGUUAUUUGUUUAGAGCAAAGUGAUAUUUUAAUUGUUAGGUUUUUCUAAUUGCUUCGUUUCAUUGUGUACACACUGGGGAGUCGAUUGGACGUGGGUGCUUCGGCCCUUAUUGCUACACACCAACACUAGCUAUAAAUUCCACCUAUUUUUAGAGAAAUAACCAAUAAGACGGAUAUAGAAGACUAUGGGGGAUAAUAUAAAGCGUUUUGUUAUUAAAGCCAUUAGUGUGUAACGUUCCCAACUUUCAACUAAAAUUCUCACUUCUCUCUAGGACGGUCUAGGUCAAUUUAUUUAGUGGUUAAGGUUGUAACAUAUUUAAAGAAAUAACGCACUAACAAUUCGAAAAUGUUCGUUUUCAACGUUCACAUCAGUUACGGUGAAUCGGCUGGUUAAUUUAAUCGCAACGCUCUUCCAGAAACAAAUGGCUAGACAAUUGAGAGCAAGUUUGAGACUGAGUUUUCUAGCAAGUUGCCACCUGGCCGAGUACGUGUGGCAGCUAAAGUUUUCUGCGCAGAAUUCCAAUGAGUGCAACAAGGCGAAGACAUAAAAGGCUCUGAGGUGGAAAGAGAAAAAAGCAAUUACAAAUCGGGUUUUACCGAACCAAUCGGUACCUCGCGACUACGAUUUAUUUAUGUCAAAUCAAAUGUCAAAUGUAAAUGUCAACUUACGGGUUUUCUGGGUAACGGUAGCUAAUAAAAAAACACUAUACCGGGUGUUCGGAAAUGCGUUAGGAAAUUUUUAAGGGUACUUAAGGCUAAAAUAAUGGUAGAAAGUGAUGUAAUAAAAGUUCGAAAUCUGAGUAUUUUGAAAAUGCUCCACUGUUUCAGACACCGAUCCACUGGGACUAUGAAAAAUGCUCACACGUGCGAGUUCAAAAGUCCAAACAUGCUAAAAUAUUGGUGGCAAGUCGUGUAACAAAAAUUAGAAAUCUGAAUAUUUUUCGAGCUAUGGAUUCCUGGAUGGAGACACUCCAGUCAUGAAGCGGAAAAGACUUUUCGAUGGUAAAUGAAAAGCUUCGAUCGAGCUGGAUCCGCCCUUGAUUAUAAGACUGUUAAAAACAAACGUUUAUAUCACUAAAGCAUAUCCUUUCUGCUGCCCCUUAGGACUACCAUAUUAAGCGAAACCAGCUGGAAGUAGCUGGUAAAAAUCGCUCGCAUUUGUUUCUAGAAUUGCGCUCGAACUACUGGGUGGUUUGGUUGAAAACUGUUAAAUUUUCCGCCCAACUUAACGUUAAAUCAACCAACGAUUCGCAGUGAAAAUUGUAUAAACCGCACUCUUAAACUAUCCUGUACAUUCACCAGCAUUAACCCAAAACGUUCCUUAAAACUUAAUCUAAGACUGUAGGGCUGAUUCGUUAGUUUUUGUUUUAUGGCUUGAACGAGUUUUGGUGGUACUGAUUCGUAUUUUAAAAAAUAAAAUAAAAUCUGCCUGAUUGCUAACAAUUUGUAAAUAGGAACACUUAGUUAGAUGGCACCGCUCUGAAACUUCUUUCGGCCUCACUUUGUAAUUACCUAAACCCUUUCAGGUAGGAAGUACCCGGCUUGAUUUGAACCGUAUUUGUUGUGUAUAAAGGAAAAUGUAAGUAGUGACUGGUAGUGUUUUGUAUUAUAGUUUUUUUGAAUCAUUUGUUAGUGCUAUUCAAUAAAAUGGCGUAUAUUUGGAUGUUAA